UUGAAGGCGUGUGUUGCACAGGCCAGCAAGGAUAUUCAACUGAAACCCAUGUGGAAGACUUAAGUCUAAAAGUUCUUUCUGUGAAGAUACACUAGAAAGAUAAGGUUGAGCAGCCGAGACUCCUCAGCGCUGGUGAUAGCUGAACUACAGCUGUAAGACGCUGCCAAAAAUCCUGUGUAGAUCCUUGACUGUCAGGAGAACAUAGAUUUGGCCUGACAGUGAGAUCAAAGGACCAUUUAGUCCCAUGUACUGGUUUGGAGUGGCCGAAAGUCAAUGUUCAAAGAAAGAACAUAAGAAUAGGACAAGUGUGCAGUGAAUUUCUUCUACGUUUUCCUGGCUUUCAGAAAUCUGCAGGGUAAGAUGGAUGCUAUACACAAGCUGAAGAUUUUGGUGAUGUUUCUGUCUCUGGCUACUUUCACGGUCAUGGUGAUACUGAAUGCUGGAAAUGCCACUGGGAUAUUCAAAGGUCUGUUCAGAACAACCCCUGGAAACAUCUCGGCAAAGUACAACACUGACUUCACACCAGCUGGCUGGACUUUCCUCAUCUGGAAUGUCAUCUAUGCCUGGCAGCUUGCCUGGCUUCUCUAUGCCUUGUCAGGAAUCUGUCGAAGGAAUGAACUUGGAUGUGUCUACAUAAAGCCAGACUUGCUGCCAAUACCGUUUUAUGUGGUGUGGAUUCUGAAUAAUGGCCUCAACGUUGGAUGGCUGUUUCUGUGGGACCGAGAAUACCUCCUCCCAGCCCUGGUGUUCCUGGCAGCCCUCACUUUUACCACAUGUGCCUCCCUCUUCAUUUCACACCAAGCCUUGAGCGCCCAUUCCUCGUGGUUCAUGAAGGGUCACAAAGCUGAGCUCUGGCUCAUCCGCAUCCUAGUCCAGAAUGGGCUGGCGCUGUAUGCAACAUGGACCACCAUUGCUACCCUGCUGAACUUUGCUGUUGUGUUGAUCUACAAGUGGAAUGUGUCCAAUGAGACAGCAACGACUGCUUCUCUAAGCAUCCUUGCUCUGGACCUAGUAAUAUGGUUUUAUCUAGAAAACUUCUUUCUUGACAAGUAUGUCCGCUAUAACCUUACAAUCUACCCAGUGGUCAUAAUAGCUCUGACUGGCAGCGCAUGCAAGAACUUCUUGUUUUCAUCCCCAACGACAAACAGCAUUUUUAUAGUUGUUCUGCUGGCAAUGACUUGCUUGAUCUUUGCUGUUCGGCUGGUACUCGUCACAUGGAGACACUGUAAGAGACCACUGGAAGAAUCAGAAACCCCAGACCCCUCAGGCACAGUGGCCUGAGACCUCUGGCAUGUUGUGGCAGAUACUUUAAAAAGAGAAAAAAAAAUUGGUCAUCCGCUGGUCCUUCCUUCCAGUAUGGGUUGCCUUGUGCUCGCUCUUUCUUUCCAUUCCAAAUGCAGAUGGCUUGUGUCUGCAAACCUGUCCUGCUCCCACAUUCCCUUGGAUCAGCUACUCGCAGACCCACCUUCAAUCUGUACCCUCCUUCAUUUGGUUUGACUCUGGAUCAGUGCAGGAAAAGGUCGUUCAGCUGAACAGCCCUGUGCACCUUUGAUUAUUGAGCAGUGGCUCUCUGUUCCUGCCAGUGCAACGAGGGCUGUCAAUAGGCACUCGGCAGGCUUGCACAGGCAGUUGUUCAUAUUCUUUCCUUGGUAGCUCAUUUUUCUUAAAGUGCAGCUCUAAGUGAACUGCCCCUGGGAGUCAAGGUGAGCAGCGGGAGGUCUGUCAUUCCUUUGGCCAUUCAGCGCUGGGUAUCUGCAACCCCAGUGGUGUGAGCAGAUCUCCUGCAGGCAGCAACUGCUCCCUUUCCUGCUUCUCUUCAUCGUGAUGGGAACAGAUACUACAGCUCUAGAGAUCUGCCUUUUGCGGUAGAUAUCCAAGGGGGGGGAGGAGGAGUGACUGAGUACUUCUGACACAAUUGCAAGCCUUCAACCUAUUUCAGCUUGUAGCUCUAGGAACUGAAGAUGCAUUCACUUUUCAGCAUACAGUAAGAUAUCUGGGUCUCUGCCCUGGUUUUUCCUGACUUUCUCAGUUAAGUUAGUCACAGUGUGAGUGCCUCUGUCUGGACCCACAAUAACAGCAGAUUCAUGCUGUUCCUGCUCUGCCUGUAAGACAGAUGAGAUCUGGGUCAGGCAGGAGCGGUGGGUUGCCUUUCCCUGACCUGUGCAGAGCGAGCAGUGCACAGUUUGUGCUGGCUGGGUGCCUCAUGCUGGAGGAUGGUCUGUAGCCACUCUGGUAGGAGGUUAGAUGUACAGAUGAGAUGAUACCUGAUCUGGGGUAAAGCCUUCUGCUUCAAAGGAAGCCUGUUUAAGGAAAAAAAAAAGUUGUUUGAACCAGUAGAGUGAGUUCAUCCUGGAUCAGUGCUUUCUCAUGUGGCUUCACCACAGGUAUUAGGAAGCCUAAAAGUGGAUUGACUGAACUGUCAGACCGCUGCCUCUGUUUUCUGUGCCUACUUGAGAGUUGAUGGUGACUCACUAGUGUCUGGAAAGUGUUUCUACAUGGCAAAUGUCUUCAGAUGCUGAAUAUCUUGCAAUACUACUACAAAAGUAAAUUCUUCUAAAAUUGUUUAUAUUUAAUGAAGAACAAAAUUGGUGUAAUGCAAUUCCUCUUGUCAUUCUGUCAUGUUGUUUCAUUUUCAAAUAAAUCAGCUAAUUCCAC